GAAAGACUACGUGGAAGAUAUCAUCAAGCAGCAGCUCAAGAAGUCAGCGAAUUCGAACAACUCAAACAACUCGCCCACGAUGAGCAAUUUGAACAAAUCCUGGUCUAGCAAUUACUUUUCAACAACGAUCGGCGGAGCUGGUGCGCAAACCCAAACGCUGAACGCCAGUAAAAGUCAGGGCAGAGCAGGACGAGGGGCGGCUGCACAAGUCCAGAAUAAGCAAAUGGGCGGCCUUCAACAGCAAUUACAUGGCCCUGGCGGAAUGCUGAAGUCCAAAUUUGCGACCGUGGCACAAAAAACCGCCACUGUAAAUGCGACCGCGCAGAAAUUUGUGCAGGCUGGUACGGGCGGAGGAGCCUCCGGCGCAGCAGUAGCGGGCACAACUGUCGUGGUUCAACAGCCGCUGCCACGACGAAAAAAAUUGAACUUCGACACAAGCGCACUAGACGGUAGCAGCGCGGUAAGUGGGGCCAGCGGAGGACCACACACAAUAAGAGGAGGGUUUGUUCAACAAACUUACAGCAGUAAAGCUUCGCGAAAAUCCAUGAAAAACGCCGGUGGUGCACCAAACACAUCCUCACAAGCGAGCCCGCAAGGUGGCUCUUCUUCUAGCACAAAGCCCCUC